GAGGGAGGGAGGGCGAAGGCAGUGUGGAGUUGUCCGGGGGUGGGGGGGCCCUGUUGUUGCGACGAGAGCGAGCGAGCCAUGGACGGCCCCACACUCUGCAACGGCUUUCGCAAGAAGCGGCGCUCCCGCUCGCAGCGCGACCGGGCGAGGCGCUCCAAACGCGGAUUAUUACAAGGUGCUGCUGCUGCUGCUGCUCCCGGCGGGGCGGCUCUGGUGGUGGUGGCGGCGGAGCCGAGGCGGACGCCCACCGCCCCGUCCGUCCUUUCUUCCUCGGGCUCCGAGCUCGACAACAAUGGCAAGCCGCCGCUGCAGCCGACGGGCCGGCCCAAGCCCCCCAGGAGGAAGAGGAGGGAGUCGUCCUCGCCCGAGGAGGACAUCAUCGAUGGCUUUGCCCUGGCCAGCUUCGUCACGCUGGAAGCCUUGGAGAAGGAAGUUGUGGUGAAGCCUCAUGACCUCAUGGAGAAGCGCCUGGACCCUUUUGUGAAGAAGAAACGGGACGUGCUCACUAAUGGACUGCCAUACCACCUGAAAAAGAACAGACUGCACCAUCGCCACUACAGCUCAGACCGGGAGAAUGACCGCAACCUCUGUCAACAUCUCAGGAAAAGGAAGAAGUUCCUGAAAGGACUCAGACAGCUCAAGCCAGGCCAGAACAGCUGCCGGGACAGUGACAGCGAAAGUGCGAGUGGAGAGUCGAAAGGGUUCCAUCGGAGCAGUUCCCGAGAGAGACUCAGCGACAGCUCAGCCCCAUCCAGCUUGGGAACAGGCUACUUCUGUGACAGCGAUAGUGAUCCAGAAGAAAAGGUCUCCGACUCCAGUUCUGAAAAGUUGUUCAACACUGUUGCAAACAAAGAUACUGACUUAGGAGCUGGCAUAUUAACGGAAAAUGAGGACCAAGAUGCCAGGGCGUUGGCAGUCCCCAAAAUAUCGGGAUUAGAACGGAGUCAAGAGAAGAGCCAGGAGGACGGGAGAGAUCCGCUGCUUGACCCUGUCACAGCUAAAGAGCUUUCUCCCCAGGUUUCUCAGGCUUGGACCCUGCCUCAUUUGGAACCUGCUUCAGAGCCACAUUCUCCUAGUCCUGCUGCGAUCCAGCCAAAGGAGCCUCAUCAGCCAUCGCAACCUGAAGCCCCCCAGAGACUGCAGGCCUCGGGAGAGGCUCAGCACUCCACAGGCCCCCCGACUCCCACACAGCGCCCGCCAAGGCCGCCCUCUCCCGGGCAGCCUGCCCGUCAAAACCUGCUGUCUGCCCAGCUCCGCCCUCCCUCCCGCAGCCUCGCCCAGCAGUUGUCGGCGUAUAACAGCAGCAGCUUAAGCCUCAACAGUCUGAGCAGCAGCAGAAGCAGUACUCCUGCCAAGACUCAACCCCCUCCGCAUAUAGGCCACCAUCCCUCAGCAUCCCCUUUCCCCCUUUCUUUGCCAAACCACAGCCCGCUCAAUACCUUUACCCCCACCCUCCAACCUCCUGCGCACGCCCAUCACCCCAAUAUGUUUGCCCCUCCCACGGCAUUGCCCCCUCCUCCUCCUCUGACGUCAGGGACAUUGCAAGUUCCAGGUCAUCCUGCUGGAAGUGCUUACUCAGAGCAAGAUCUUCUCCGCCAGGAGCUGAACACCCGAUUUCUGGCUUCGCAGAGUGCCGACCGCGGCGCCUCGCUGGGCCCACCGCCUUACCUGAGGACGGAGUUCCACCAGCACCAACACCAGCACCAGCACACCCACCAACAUACGCACCAGCACACUUUCACACCUUUCCCCCACGCAAUCCCGCCCACCGCCAUCAUGCCAACGCCGGCACCUCCCAUGGUGCGUACCCCAGGCAGAAAUUUCGACAAAUACCCUACAAAAGUUGACCCUUUCUACCGACACAGUUUAUUCCACUCGUACCCUCCUGCUGUAUCAGGGAUCCCUCCAAUGAUUCCUCCAACUGGUCCUUUUGGCUCACUACAAGGGGCGUUUCAACCCAAGACUUCGAAUCCUAUUGAUGUUGCAGCAAGACCUGGAGCUGUUCCACACACCCUACUGCAGAAAGAUCCCAGGUUGACAGAUCCCUUCAGACCUAUGCUGAGGAAACCAGGAAAAUGGUGCGCUAUGCACGUCCAUAUCGCUUGGCAAAUAUACCAUCAUCAACAGAAAGUGAAGAAACAGAUGCAAUCAGAUCCCCAUAAACUGGAUUUUGGCCUGAAACCUGAAUUUCUGAGUCGGCCACCAGGUCCUAGUCUCUUUGGGGCCAUCCACCAUCCCCAUGACUUAGCUCGGCCCUCCACUCUCUUCUCUGCAGCCAGUGCUGCCCACCCAGCCGCACCCCCUUUUGGCCCUCACCCCCAUCACAGCAACUUCCUCAACCCUGCUGCUCAUUUAGAGACAUUUAAUCGGCCCACGACGUUCACCAGCCUUGCAGCCGUGAGCGGCAAUGCCUUCGGGGGACUUGGGAACCCUGCCGUUACGCCCAACACUAUGUUCGGCCACAAGGAUUGCCCCAGUAUGCAGAGCUUUAGCAACCCACACGAGCCCUGGAAUCGCCUGCACCGAACUCCUCCUUCGUUCCCGACCCCUCCGCCCUGGCUCAAGCCAGGUGAGCUGGAACGCAGUUCGUCUGCUGCAGCUCAUGAGCGAGAUAGAGAUGUAGAUAAAGGAGACUCUUCUCUUAGUAAAGAUGACAAAGACAGGGAGAGUAUAGAGAAAAGACACUCCAGCCAUCCUUCUCCUGCACCAGUCCAUUCUGUGAGCUCGCUUGGACAUGGCCGUAGCUCAGCUGAGCAGAUAAGAAGCCACCUGAACCCAGAGAUACGGGAAAAAGAUAAACCCAAAGAGCGUGAGAGGGAUCACUCCGAACCUCGGAAAGAUGUUAACGUUGAUGAGCACAAAGCAAAGGACAACUAUAUUUCAGACAAAGAAGGUCUAACCCAUGAGAGCAGACCACUGGAAGAGUCUAAGCAAUCAUCUCGGGUACCUUCACCCUAUACCAGGCCUGCUGUUGUGGAGAACACCAGACCUAACAGCACCUCUAGCCGAGAUGCCGAGAAAAAGAGUGAGCCUGCAUAUGAGAGUCUGAAGAAAUCCAGCGAAGUUAAAGUGAAGGAGGAAAGGAAGGAGGAUCAUGACAUCCCACCUGAAGCGCCACAGACACACAGGCCAUCUGAACCACCACCACCACCUCCAAUGCCCACCUCCAAUGUUCAUCCAGGCCCUUUGGUGUCAAUGCCCAUGUCUGUGGGUGUCACCGGCAUCCAUCCUAUGAACAGUAUCAGCGGUCUAGACAGGACUCGCAUGAUGACACCUUUUAUGGGGAUCAGCCCAAUUCCAGGCAGCGAACGAUUCCCUUACCCUUCCUUCCAUUGGGACCCAAUGAGGGAUCCAUUGAGAGAUCCCUACCGAGACUUGGAUAUCCACCGGAGAGACCCUUUGGGCAGAGAGUUUCUCCUGAGGAAUGACCCGUUGCACCGUCUUUCUGCACCGAGGUUAUAUGACGCAGAGAGGUCGUUCAGGGACAGGGAGCCACAUGACUACAGUCACCACCACCACCACCCACUUUCGGUCGACCAUCGCCGUGAGCACGAGAGGGGGGCCCACCUGGACGAGAGGGAGAGGUUGCACAUGCUCAGAGAGGACUAUGAGCAUGUACGGCUUCACUCUGUUCACCCUGCAGCUCUGGACGGCCAUUUGCCUCACCCUAGCUUAAUCACCCCAGGACUUCCAAGCAUGCACUAUCCCAGGGUCAGCCCCUCCUCAGGACUUCAGAAUGGGAUCCUCAACAAAAGCCCCCCGACGGCGGCUCUAAGUGCCCCUCCCCCUCUCAUUUCUACCCUGGGACCUAGACCUAGCUCCCCGCGCAGGACUACCCCUUUGUCGUCAGAAAUGCGGGAGAGGCCACCCUCACACACACUCAAGGACAUAGAAGCACGAUAAGGCAGACAGAAUCAGACCAGGAGAGGACAUUUUGUAAAAUGGAAUGUCAGUGCAGAUCUUCUUACUCAACAAAUGUAGACUUUGGUUAUGACCCAACUGUAUAAAAAAAAUAAU